AUGAGUGUAAAACACACGGAACUUGAUCUCACCUGGCGUCACGCACGUUCAUUUGAUGAAUAUCGCAAGCUCCAGCAACGUUUAUUGAAGAAAUUACAACAUGGUCACUUUUGUGAUGCCGAUUGUCCAUGGUUGUAUGGAUUUCUAAAGAGUUAUUUUCCCAAGAAACUAGUGUUUACAAUCUCGAGUGCUCGAGUCGUGGAGCAACGUAAGGAAACACUUGAGCGGUUCUUUUCAGCACUGAAUGGAUUUCUAAUUGACAAGAAAAACCUUAGUUGUUCAGUACUUACGACUGUAUUUGCAGAUGAACUUGUCAAGUUUAUCUAUGAAGACGCAUUGCAGCAAUAUGGACUUGAAAACCCAAUCAAAUCGACUGUACUAGAGAAGAACAGGCUAACAUUGACUGGAAGGAAUAACUUGAAAUGGAAAGAGCCUGUUACACCGAUGAAGAAACGUUUGCUGGAGUGCGAGUCGAAGCAGCAACAACAGUAUGAUAGAUCAUCUUUAUUGACUAACUCGACUAUGGAUUCCAUCACUGAUGACAAUAUUGUCAACGAUUUGAAUAGUGGAAACUGCGGCAUUUGUGGCUCACCGCUAUGUGGUGUCGCCCACGGAAACUCGCCAUCGAGUACGGAGGUGGGCGGGUCGCCAUUUUCUGAAAAUACUAGCAACAAUAACAGCAGCGUGUUCUCCCUGCCGUGGUCAAGAACGCCUACGACGAAUGGAAGCAGGCGUAGCGGCAACGCCAACGAUUUUGGUGGCUCUCGACGAAGCAAAGGCAGCGCAAGUCGACGUCGUGCUGCCACGUACUACUUGACGACAUUGAGUUGCAGCCAUCAGUUCCAUGAUGAAUGCAUCGUGCCAAAGCUAAACGAGGCGUUGGAAUGUCCGACCUGUGGGCGCAUACAGACCAAACUUUGA